UCUGGUGAUUUUACAGUUUCAGUUCCAAAGAUGAGAACUUUGACCUCCCAGUUAUACUUCAAUGGUGGUGGUCUCGCUUGGUUCCAGAAGAAGAAUCAGAGCUCUCUGUUUACCAAUCAUCUCAGACUCUCUAAACCAUUAAAGGUUCAGGUGGUUGUAUCUGCUGUUCAAUUCAGACCUUGCAUCGACAUCCACAAGGGAAAAGUGAAACAAAUAGUUGGAUCUACACUUAGUGACUUGAAAGAAGAUGGUUCUGUUCUCGUUACGAAUUUUGAAUCUGACAAGACUGCGGAAGAGUAUGCGAAGAUGUAUAAAGAAGAUGAGCUUACGGGUGGUCAUGUGAUAAUGCUUGGAGCAGACCCUUUAAGCCAAGCUUCAGCUAUUGGAGCAUUACAUGCUUAUCCAGGCGGUUUGCAAGUUGGAGGUGGGAUUAAUUCAGAGAAUUGCUUGAGUUACAUAAAGGAAGGAGCAAGCCAUGUCAUUGUCACUUCGUAUGUAUUUAACAAUGGAAAGAUUGAUCUUGAAAGACUCAAAGAUCUUGUAAACAUCGUUGGGAAACAAAGACUGAUAUUGGACCUUAGCUGCAGAAAGAAGGAUGGAAGAUAUGCAAUUGUUACCGAUAGAUGGCAGAAGUUCAGCGACGUCAUCCUUGAUGAGAAAUCACUGGAGUUUCUUGGAGGAUUUGCAGAUGAGUUUCUGGUACACGGCGUAGAUGUUGAAGGAAAGAAGCUUGGGAUCGAUGAAGAGCUUGUAGCAUUGCUUGGCAACUAUUCUCCGAUUCCGGUGACUUAUGCUGGAGGUGUGACGGUGAUGGAUGAUAUAGAGAGGAUCAAGAAGGCAGGAAAGGGACGUGUGGAUGUAACAGUGGGUAGCGCCUUAGACAUAUUCGGGGGAAAUCUGCCAUACAAAGACGUUGUCGCUUGGCAUCACAAACAGCUCUCACUCCACUGAUUUCUUUCCCCGUUUUCACCCUUGCUCAUCCUUCUGCAUUAUCCCCAAACUUUAAGCUUCGAUGCAUUAAUCUUCAGCUUAAACAUUAAUAAUUUCAGCUCAUACAUUUCUCAAAUUUGUCAAUUUUGAUUAUGUUUUCAACUACUACUUCUCAACCAAUUCUCUCAUUCAAUCAAAAAAAGAUUAAAUACAAA